AUGUCAGCGGCAAACGGUAUGGCGAGUGCGCUCGAUGACGGGCAGAAGAAAGAGAUGGCGACGUUCUUGGACGGCGAGAAUGCCAAGCAGAAGAUCCAGUCCGCGGUGCACCGUUUCAACGAGAGCUGCUUCCAGAAGUGCGUGGCCUCUGUCCAGAGCCCUACACUCUCCGCAGAGGAGGAGAACUGUUUGUCCGGCUGCGUGAACAGGUUCCUCGACGUUAGUAUAAGGGUUGCGAACGGGAUCCAGGGAUCCAGGUGA